AUGUGGAGCCCGAGCAACAAAAGGGACUCGCUCAUCAACAGCGACGACGCCCUCUUCCCCUUUCUCCUCCACUUUCCUGGUUUACAUCCGCGUCAAAUGUUCAGCUCCUUCUUCGCAUCUCGCUCGCGCGGGUCGUGGAUUCCAGCCGUCGACAUAUUAGAGCAGGACGACGGCUACACCCUUGUUGCUGACCUGCCAGAAGUGAAGAAGGAGGACCUGCGCGUGUACACGGAGAGUUCGAGCAUCAUCUGCAUCUCUGGCAACCGCAAGCACGUCCUAAAGCAGGACGAGCACCAGCUGCUCGUUGCGGAGCGUGGCACCGGCCGGUUCGAACGCUGCUUCGACCUCCCCACCCCAGUCGACAGCAGCAAAAUCAAGGCCACCUUCAACGAUCAACAGCUGAAUGUGUCCAUUCCGAAACUACGCAACUCGAGGUCUGGAACGCCCAACUCAGUCACCAUCGACUAA